AUGGGUUUUGCUGCAAGAAGAUGGUUGUACCUACAGCUGGGCUGCAUGAUGCUGAUCAAUCUGGUUAAUGCUGACUUUAAGUUUCAAAAGGGAGUGCUUGCUAGCAUCAGCCCAGGGAUCACCGAAGACAUUGAUCUCCAGUGCUGGAAAGCUUGCUCUUUGACACUGAUAGAUCUUAAGGAACUCAAGAUAGGGCACAAUGUGGAUGCUUUUUGGAAUUUCAUGUUGUUCUUGCAAAAAUCUCAGCGGCCUGGACAUUAUAAUGUCUUCUUAAACAUAGCUCAGGAUUUCUGGGACAUGUAUGUAGACUGCUUGCUUUCAAGAUCUCAUGGAAUGGGCAGAAGACAGGUGAUGCCUCCCAAAUAUAAUAUUCCACAGAAAAUAACAGGAGGUAAUUUAAAUUUGUAUUUAAAAUAA